AUUGUAUAAUUCAAUCAAAAUUCGAUCAAAACAUACACGCCUAUAAUUUAUCAACAAACUGAGAAUAUUGGUUUUGAUGAUUAUAAGGUAUUCAAUUUAAAUUAACAAACAAAAUUUUCGUGCCUAUCUUUUCUGCGGAUGUAAUGCUGAAGCGAUGUCGUUUAAGGCAACUAAGCUGUAAAUGUCUGUUGCUAAUCCUUCAAGAAGCUACUGGACACUCAAAUGCUUCCACUGCUUCAGUUUAGAAAAAAUGGAUAAAACAUCCAACGCAUGACUUUUGCUUCCUCUGUUUUAUCUCUUCAAAUUUUGAUCGAAAAUUAUUGUUACACUAACGAUCUCCAUGCCGAUCUCUUCAAUUUCUCUCUUCCGUCACCGAGCAACCGCCGUUAACAACUUCAUCCGCCAUGUAUCAGCUAUCCACCACCGUCAAGCCCCGAUCGUCACCGCCGCAGCUAAGCACCAGCAACAAAAACCUAAAAACUAUGUUAGCAAGAAUCUACUCAGAGCCAAACAACACACUGUGAAAGAAUUCUCCUCUCUCGCUCCAGUUCUCUCACCACAGGACAAACAGAACCUGACCGAGUCCCAAGCAAUAGGUACUGUAGCCGCCGCCCAAGCGAAUUUCAUGCGCGUGAUCGUCCAACCAGAACCUUCUAGAACCUCCGAUUCGUCUUCCAACAUCACUAGUGGAGUGGAGCUGCUGUGUGUGGUGAAAGCCGUGCUGAAAAAGAUAAGACGGAGAGUUUUGGUCGGGGACAAGGUGGUGGUGGGGUCCAUUGAUUGGGUGGACCGCAGAGGCAUGAUUGAGAAUGUGUUUCAACGGAGUACGGAGAUUCUGGACCCUCCCGUGGCGAAUGUGGACCAUUUGCUCGUGCUUUUCUCACUAGACCAGCCCAAGCCAGAGCCAUUUACGCUCACAAGGUUCUUGGUUGAGGCUGAGUCGACAGGAAUUCCACUCACCCUAGCAUUGAACAAAGUAGAGCUUGUUGAUAAGGAGACACUGGUUGGAUGGAACACUAGGCUGCAUGGUUGGGGCUACGAACCGCUGCUUUGCAGUGUCGAAUCAAAAUACGGACUUGACUCUCUUGCAUCAAGCUUGAAAAAUCAAACAACUGUAAUUGUGGGUCCAAGUGGAGUUGGGAAGUCUAGUCUUAUUAAUGCUUUGAGAAGCAAUCCUAGUGCUGCUGAUGCUGCUGAAGGGGAUAAUUGGUUUGAACCAAUUUUGGGAAGCAAAUGGUUAGAGGAUCAGCGUGUUGGGGAAGUUUCAACCAGAAGUGGCAGGGGAAAGCAUACCACGCGCCAUGUUUCUUUGCUUCCAUUAUCUGGAGGAGGUUAUCUAGCUGAUACUCCUGGGUUUAAUCAGCCUAGUUUACUGAAAGUAACUAAGCAAUCUCUUGCACAAGCUUUCCCUGAGAUUCGGAAAAGGUUGAAAGCCAAUGAGCCCUUGAAAUGUACAUUCAAUGAUUGCGUGCAUAUUGGUGAACCAGGGUGCGUUAUAAAAGGGGAUUGGGAAAGAUAUCAAUACUAUUUUCAACUUCUUGAUGAGAUCAGGAUGAGAGAGGUGUUUCAGUUGAGGACAUUUGGAACCAAAAGAGAGGGUGAUGUAAGGUACAAGAUGGGUGACAUGGGUGUUCAGCAAGCUGAACCACGAUUGGAGCCUAAAAAGCACCGAAGACAGUCUCGCAAGAAGAUCAACCAGUCAAUAUUAGAUGAGCUGGAUGAGGAUGAGGAUGAGGAUGAGCUGGAUGAGGAUGAGGAUGAGCUAGACUUGGAAAAUGAUCCCAUUUUGAGAGAUAUGAGGAACGAAAGCCAGUAGAAAGUUGGUUUUAAACAGUAAGUGUAAAUGAGUAGAUUUUUGACCCUCUUUUUUGUUACAGCUGCUACACUGAAUUCAUCGGUACGGGUAAUGAUGUGAUACCAAUCAGAUUUGUGAGUUUUCUUGGAUAGAGAAUAAAUCCUUGUAUAAUGGCUGCUAGUGGGACUGAUUGAGAUCUAAUGUGUUAACAUUUGCAAUUUUCUCUUUCAUGGUAUGCACUACCCACAGCGUUAAUUUUUGCAGAAACAGAUGUCAGGCAGUAAAGCAGUGAACUAGUGAAGAUUUUAGGAUGUAAAAUUGAGUUCCAGCUUGUGUCUUUUUUUUUCUAAAUUUUAACCCUGUUUUUCCAUGUACCGGUUUAUAAACUUGGCAUCUGAUGCUCCAAUAUAUGAUGCCCUUAAUUUUGUUUGAAA